AUGUCGUUCGUCAUCCGUCGUGGACUAUCAACCUUGGUCCCCCCGAAGGUCGCCAACCCACAGGGCCUUGGUGCUGCCAAAAAUGCCCAGCGCAUGGCGAGAAUAGCCAAAUUCUACGAGCAACUCCCCAAGGGUCCUGCGCCGGAAAGAGCCCCUAGUGGACUGUUGGGCAGAUAUCAAGCGAAAUACUUUGGCAAGAAUCCGUCAGCAGCUCCAAUUUGGCACGUCAUCUUCGGUAUCAUGGCUUUGGGUUACAGCAUGGAGUACUACUUCCAUCUGCGACACCACAAGAACAAUGCUCACUGA